AUGACUCAACAGCUGGGCGAGCCCCUACUCCCGGGCCAAGGCCGCGGGCCCACGCGCGACCUCGAGGCUGCACGCGGAGCGUUUGCCACCGGCGACAUCAACGCCAGCCGAGCGGCGCACGCUGCGCCGGUGGUCGUGGACCCGCGCGCGAGCGAAGCCCAUCAGGAGGGCGGAGGGCGGGUGAAGAGCAUCGUCUUCGGCGGGCUUGACGGGAUCCUGACCUCGUUCGCUAUCGUCUCGGGCGCGGUCGGCGCGCACGUUCCGGCCGUCGCCAUCCUCGCGAUGGGCGUGUCCAACACGGCAGAGCGGUCCCUCGCCUCGCAGCGGCGCGGCCCCCGCUUAGCUCGCGCCUCGCCUGCAGGCGCGGGCGAGUGGCUCUCUUCGCGCGCGUACAACAGCUACGUGCAGAAGGAGCUGGAGCGGGAGACUUGGGAGCUGGACAACUACCCGGAGGGCGAGGCUGAUCGCCUCCGCUCUGUUCGGGAGAGGGGGACAGAGUAA